UUAUUUUAGACUCUGGAAUGUUGAUGAAAGUAGUGUGGUUACUAUGUAUAAUUAUUGCUUGCAGUGCAAACGUUUUACCUAAGAAAGUUUCUGAUGAGAGUAUCGGUGAUAAUCUAGAUAAUGGAGUACUAUUACAUCGUUAUAGAAGAGGAUGGGGUUCCCUAAUAUUUACAGGCGCCUCAAUUUUGCUUAGAACUACAAGCCUCGGACUUGUGCUCGGAGCUGCAUUAUCAGAUGGGUGUAUAUACUAUAAAAGUAUCUGCACUGACAGAGACGAAAUAAAGCGUCUUGACAAUAUAAUAAAGGGUAUGGUUAGUCAAUAUGAACAGGAAUAUGUACUGGCAAAGAAGAACUUCUUCGAUUUGAAAACAGCAACAACUAAUAACGCUUAUAUAUCAUACUAUAUAAACCAUACUAUUCAGAUUGUUGAAUCCCUGCAAGAUAUCGAGGAAACCUUAGUAGCACAACUCGAACUUAAGUUACCAGCCUCGUCGUCAAUUAAUAAUCUUACGUUUGAGCUAUACCUAAAUAGCGUAAUGGGACAACUUGAAUACAGACUGGCCGAUCUCACCCAAAUGUUGGCAGCUCAUAAACAAAACGCUCUUUUAAGCAUAGCGAUUCACUAUCUAGUGGAAGCAUCAGUCAGUAAGUUUACUAAAUCAUUUCAAAAUGCUUACAACAUGGUUAGUAACGAAGACAUUCUUGCAACAACACAAGAAUCAUUAUGGGACCGAAUGGGGAACAGUGAACUUGAAGUUGAGACAAAGAGAGGAACUGUUCAGAAAUUAAAACUUGUGCCAAAAGCUUUCAAGCAAAUGGCAAAGAACUUUAGGCAGAACUUACGUGAUUUCGGAGCUAGCUUAAAAAAAUGGAAAAGAAUUAAUAACUGGAAAGGAUUUAAAGGUAAACUUGCCCAUACAUUUAGAAAGCCCAUUGCAAAGUUGAAUGGCGUUAAACAGUUCAUAAAGAAUCCAGCUGUAAGGGCAAAAUUUGUAAAAAAUUACAAACUAUCAUGGUCACAAGGUAUAAUGACCGGAAUAGGGAUGCUUGGUGAUGGCAUUAUGCAAUAUGUUACAGUCAAGGAAUGGAGCAAAGUUGCCACUGAAAUGGAAAAGGCCCGUGCAAGCUAUCAAAAGUACCAUGACAACUUGCAAAGCAACUUAACUCAACUUCGCAAAGAAAAAGACGAAACAGCUCAAAUAUGGAAAGAAACGAUUGAUAUUUUCAAGAAUAUCACCUUACCAUUUAAAGCUUUAAUGAUAAAUGCGUCACAAAACAGUAAUUUUUCUGAAGUUGUAGGACUAGCAAAACUUCCCGUGGAUACAAAUAGUCCAUUGUUUACGAUUGACUUUAAUAAACUGGUUCAAACUUCACUGGCCUCAAACCAGCUUGCCGUCAUAGAUUUUUUGAAAGACGUGGACAAUAAUAUGACUGUCAUUGAAGACGAGAUGAGGGCCCGUCUGGUAUUGUAUAACAAUACGCUAUCUAAAUCAGAAAACAAUGAACCUGUUUCAGACAUUUUUGCUGAUGUUAAAAACAUUUUGCGAUUCAGUUCAUCACAGACUAUGAAAAACUUUGGCAAUCAGUUGACAUCAAAAGAUUUGGUAUGCACCGUAUCUAUUGUACGUGCUGAUAUUUCAGAGUACGAUUAUUUUUCUUUAGAACCAUUCCGCCCUCGAUGUGAGGUAAAUAGUACAGCAUUUCAAGAAUUUUCGUCUGAAGCAUUGUUGCAGAGGAAAUCAAGACUUAUGCGAAAAAUUGUCAUAAAAUCUGUGAAUGGAAAUACGGAGGAAUCUCUUACGGGACUCUUAGAUGCUGUCCAUAAUGCGUAUUUAGGUGUAAGCGAUCCAAAUGUUGCAGCAUUUGGAAGUUCAGUUACUGAUAGAGAUGUCAUAUGUAUAAUAUCGAAAGAAUUUCCAUCCAAACAGACAUAUGAUUUUAUAAACUUAGUACCCUUCCGACCUGACUGUUCUGUCGUAACAUCAACUGAUUACAGUAAGUUGACUGCUGACGCUAUGAAACUGAGGGAGCUUGCUUCAGGAAUACGAAAUAGUUUAAAAACAUGUAAAGAUUAUCUUUUUUGUCCUUGUUUGACGCAAGUUGCAAGUCAAAACCAAGUUACAGUGGCGGAUGUGGAACAAAUUUUGAAUCAGCUAGAUCCAAACUGGGAACCAAACCAAGCAGCUUCAUUCUGUGGCCCUACCGGAUGUGGAUGCAGACAUCUUUAAAAAAACCACACUAUUCACAUUUGAUCUCUUAAAAUUAAUGAUUAUUGUUUCAACACCAUUAUUAAAAUAAAAUUUUUAUUUUUA